AUGACAGCUAUCUACUCGGACACUGAAUGUGAUCUGAAAGAUGAUCAGGAAGAUGAGGAUGCCAUUGUCAACAGAAUAUCGAUGUACCUGUGUACAUUCACACUGGCAGUGUCUGGAGGAGCUGUCCUUCUCUUACCAUUUUCUAUAAUCAGUUAUGAGAUUGUGCUCUCUCUACCAAAAAACUACUACAUACAGUGGCUCAAUGGAUCACUCAUUCAUGGCCUGUGGAACCUGGUGUCCCUUUUCUCAAAUCUCUGUCUCUUUGUGCUGAUGCCUUUUGCCUACUUCUUCCUGGAGUCUGAGGGCUUCGCCGGUUCGAAAAAGGGCAUAAAGGCUCGAGUGCUGGAGACAUUUGUCAUGCUCUUUCUGCUGGGUCUCCUCAUCCUGGGCAUUGUAUGGGUGGCGUCCGCUCUCAUUGACAAUGAUGACGCCAGCAUGGAAUCGCUCUACGAUUUAUGGGAGUUUUAUCUGCCAUACCUCUAUUCCUGCAUCUCUCUGAUGGGAGGCCUGUUGCUGCUCAUGUGUACUCCAGUAGGACUGUCACGCAUGUUCACAGUGAUGGGCCAGUUACUAGUUAAACCAACAAUUUUAGAGGAUCUCGAUGAGCAGAUUUAUUGUAUACAGCUGCAGGAAGAGGCCUUGGAGCGUAGACUCAAUGGUGAGUCCUCUCAUUUGGUUUCAGAAAUAUGUGCACUAGAAUCGCUUCUCUCACCCUCUGUCCUAGAAAGGAGAAAGAAGGCCUCAGCCUGGGAAAAGAACCUCCUUUACCCCAUAGUGAUGCUGAUCCUGCUUGCUGGAACGGCGAUUUCUGUUCUCCUGGUUGCCCUGAACAUUGUGUACUUGCUUGUUGAUGAGACUGCUUUGCCAAAGGGUUCAACGGAGAGAGAUAUUGGCAAUGCCUCCUUAUCCACAUUUGGAGUUGCCCAGGCGGUUAUUGAAAUCAUUCUCAUGUUUUAUCUGUUGGUUUCAUCUGUGGUUGGCUUCUAUAGCCUUCGCAUCUUUCAGGAGCUCACACCCAGAAAGGACGACACUACCAUGACAACGAUCAUUGGUUGCUGUGUAUCCAUUCUAGUGCUGAGCUCGGCCUUGCCUGUCAUGUCCCGAACACUUGGAAUAACAAGGUUUGAUCUCCUGGGUGAUUUUGGACGAUUUAAUUGGCUUGGAAAUUUUUACAUCGUACUUUCGUACAAUCUUCUGUUUGCUGUGGUAACCACAUUGUGUCUGGUCCGAAAAUUCACAUCUGCUGUGCGAGAGGAACUCCUCAAAGCCCUCGGUCUGGAUAAAUUAAAUCUGUCCAACAGUCCGACAGAUGCAGAGUCAGGGAAACAUGCUGUCAACGGUCAUCAGAAAACUCUGUGAGAACAAAAUCCAGCCAUCCUCACACAAACUCAUGUAUGUGUAUUCAGUUGGCUUUUUCAUUUUAAGAGUAUAGUGAUACAACAUCAGAGAGCAUCAAAAAAACAGAAAGAAAAAAAAAAUGUUGACGAGUUUGGACUCCUAGUCACCCGACAUGCAGUGUAUGUCCAGCUCUCAUUUGAAACUCAAACUCCCUGCAGAAUGCUUCCAGCUAUAACCAGUCUGAGAUUCACAAUGAUUUCAAUUGGGUUUGCAGUCUUUGUUUUUCAGCUUGUAAAUGCUUUCAUGCCAAUUCUCUUAAGUGAGAAAAUGUUCUUUUCUUGCUGACCUGCACACCUAAAAGACCUCUUGACUGCACCUUUCAAUGAGGGAAUAUUAUUAUUAUUUUUAUCAUCUAUAAUUUUUCCCUAGUUUGAUCAAGGGAAAUAUGCCAAGCUGAUAAUGUCGCGUGUAAUGAAAUUUAGUCUCAGUUAGGGCAAUUAUUGUUUAACAACAUUUUCUAAAGUUAAAUGGAACUUUUUAGAUGAAACGGGUUGAGGCCCAUAAAAACAAUUCCCCUAAAAACAACAGUGAUAUUGUCAAGAGACCUUUAUUACAUGUGAUAUGAGUACGAAUAUAAGAAACUAUAUUCGAUUAAGAAUUGCAGAAUGGUCAAAUUUAACACUGGGAAAGAAAGCAUUGCAGUGAGUCAAGCUGAACAUUUAAUCUCAAGUUAAGUUACAGAUGUUUUAAUGCCAAAUUAACUGGUUCUUAGGCAAAUGGGGCAAAAUGUGAUGGCCAAUCACGAUGAUGAAUACUCUAAAAGUUUCAUUGUCAGCAUUGGUCCAUAGCUGUCAAAUUUAUUGCUUGAAUUUUGAUGCGUAAAGUAAGUUUUGUGAUCUGAAAACUUGUUAUUCUUUGUCUGCCAUUGCAUAUGUUUACAUUCACUUUGUUAAGAUGAAGAUCAAUUAUUAUUUAUAAGGUUAUCUGUUGUAAGUGAGGAAGCAUUAUGAUUUUAAUUUCCUCAUGCUUUACUGUGACAAUUCAGGUUUGUUGGAUGGGAAUGGGAAUUAACAAGGAAACUCCCCAGACAUGUGCCUUUACUCACAAUAUUGGCAUAUUCUGGGUAGUAUUGGAUUGGUACUAAGAGUGGAGGAGCCUACCUGCCAAAUUUCUUCUUGCACUGCAACUGCUCUUGUUGUUUCCAUCAGUAGGCAAGGUUCAGAUGUGGACAUUUUGGGUUCAAGUCACCACCGACAACCAGCUUAACAUGUUAUUGUGUUUACUUGAAUUGGUUGCGUUUAGGAAUGUUGCGACCAGCCGGUCAAUCUUGCUAAUAUCACCUCAAUGAUUCAACACAUUUAAUGGAUCGAAUCGUCGUCUUGAAUAAGGAAGGUGAUCACAUUUAAAUGACAGCAAAGAAAUGCAGCUCUUUUGUCUUAGUAGUAAAAUGCACCAAAUAUUUGGGAGAAGGUGAGGCACAAUCUUGGGAUAUGCUUCCUGUUCCUCUACUUAAAUCUGCUGCUACUUCCUCCACAACAUUUGAUACUAUACUAUGCUACAUGUACUGAGAGCAUAUAGCCAAUAACAUACGUCCUUUGAACUUGGUUAUUGCUGCAGAGCUUGUGGGGAUCUAUAUAUUUGCCUUAUUUCAGCCUUCCUCUGCAGCUGCUUUGCUUUUUGCAAAUGGCAGGUUAUCCGUGAACAUAGAUAUUUGUUUGCUUUUUCACUCGCUCUCAUGCUGGAUUUUAAGCCAGCUCAGCCUGUUCAGUCUAAUGAAAUCUCAGUCUACACAGAUCUUGUAUAUAAAGGCUGUGAAAACAGGACUGCAGAGCCACAUCAGUCUGAUUCACACCUAUUAAAGCUUAUUGUGCGGUGAAAUGAAUGUGAAGUCCGAGUGGAGUCAGUUGUCAUUAUGCAUGUAGAAAGCAGCACGACUCAU